GUGUGGUGAAAUGUGGAUGAAUUGAAUCAUCCAUUCUCUAUUUUUGUUCAAAUUAAGGCUUUAACUCAUCAGAAGGACGCUGAAAAUGCUGACGCCAAGAUUCACCGUGUCUCAAGAGGAGGAUGUCGUCAUUAUAGAAAUUGAAGCACCUUUUGCCCAUGUGAAGGAUACUGAGGUUUUUAUGGAGGGGAACUUGUUCACUUUCCACUCAUCGCCUUACUACCUGAGGCUCCACUUUUCUGGAUGCAUUGUUGAAAAUGAGAAAGCAUCUGCCAAAUUUGUUGCUGAUAAAAGGGGUUUUGUUGUUCAUGCUCCGAAAGUCAACAGUGGAGAACACUUUGAAAAUUUGGACAUGUUGACUUCGCUGCUUUUGCCAAAGGGAGAAAGAAAUGUUCAUAAGAACAUUGAGGAGAUAUAUGCUGAAGUGGAAAAUGAUGAAGACGAUGUUGGAACAGAUAUUGAUUGGUUUGUGUCCCAAGAAAUGCCUGGCGAGGAUGUAGUUUCAUGCGGAUCAAGAUAUGGAUUCGCGAACAAGCACCUGGGAGUGUUCACACACCUUCAGUCAGAGCUAAGUGAAGUUGUUGAUGUUCAAGACCCAGAUAACAAAAGUGCAGUGCAGAGAUCAGCAGAGAGGAAAAGCCAAGAGCAAAAGGACUUUGAUGAUAACCAUUACCUUGCUGAUAUGUUCGAAGAAGAUGAAUCGCUAGCUCAUGUGUUUGACAUGAAAUCUCCAGCACUGUUUGGUCAAAAUGACCUGGACCAGGAGCAAAAGGAUCUGAUGCUAAACUUGAAGCCAAAGUUCUUCAAACUGGGCCCAUCAGAAAUGAGAGAAGCUGGACUAGCUCUUGUUGAUGUGAUGUUUGCUUUCUGCUAUGAUCGAAGGACUACAGGAGGUGAUGGGAGCGUUGAAUCAGGCUGGUGCAUCAGCAAGCUGAGCUCCAGUCUUUCCUGGCUGGAGAGACACACAAGUCUCAAAGAAACAGUGGUAACAUGUAUGAGAAGAAGCCUGUGCUACCCACUAUACAGGAACUGGAGGCUAUCCUGCCAGGUCCUUGAUGAUCUGCGCUGGCUGUUCCGGGCAGGCAGAAAGCAUCUGGUGAAAGCACUGCUGCAGGUCCAUCAGAUGCUGCUGGAGAGUGAGCCACGCUACAUCCUCAACCAGCUGUACAUAGACGACAUGUGCAUGUGGCUGCAGCAGGUGGACGAGCCGGUCAUCUCUGGCCUGUCCGACGCUCUGCAGGCCCUGACUGUGACAAAGGAGGAUGUCGGCCUGGACCUGGUGGAGCUGGAGGCUGCAGCAGGCCUGGUGCUAGCUGAAACACAGUCACAGCAGAAGGACCUGGCUGAUACAAUGGGUGGCCUGGCUCUGGAUAGUGAUGACAGUGAUGACAGUGAGGACAGUGAGAGCAGCUCUGACAGUGAUGAUGACAGCAGCAGCAGUGACAGUGAAGAGACUGAUAGUGAGGAGGACACUGAUACAGACAGUGAAGAUGACACUAAGUCAAAGGGUGAACAUGGAACCAGUGCCAGGAGUGAACAUGGUGAUGACAUGAAGGGUGGACAUGGUGAUGCCAACAGUGAAAACGAAACUGAUGGUAAAGGUGAAUGUAUCUCUGGCGAUGACAGGUGAUGCGUGAUAGCUGGAAAGGGUGUAAUGAGGUGUUAAUUCAUUGUAAGACUAGGUCAUAGAUAUACAUCUAGUUCUACAUCUAGUAGAAAAAGCUGACAUUUCGAAAAGCUUUGGUGUUGUGGAGUGUGUCGGUCUGUCGUUGGUGUGAUGAGUAUUGAGCGCGGAGAAUAGUUCGUAUGGAUAUUUUGUGGUCAUAUGUCGGCGAUCAUCAUAUCCAUAGUCGUUUGUGAAGCAUUUUGUCCCUUUUAUGAAUGUUUGCGCUAUGUUUGCGAUGUCCUAUUUUGCCUUUAUAUGUGAGUUCUUGCGGUACGUCCGGGCCGAUGCCGAAUCGGUUCGAAGCCAAGGAUCGUGUUUGAUGUGCAGUGCACGCCAUACCUGGAGAAUCACUUCAAACUGGUAUACAAUACAGUGAACAAUCCAGUG